AUGCCGGCGAGGCUCUCCUGGCCCGAAGCCGCGGCACUGGCGCUACUGACACUUGUCCUGCUGGUCACCCUUUGCCGGCACCUGUGGGCGCUGCGCUGGAGCCUAAGCCGGGACCGUGCCAGCGCCCUGCCCCUGCCCAAGGGCUCCAUGGGCUGGCCCUUCUUCGGAGAGACCCUGCACUGGCUGCUCCAGGGCUCCCGCUUCCACAGCUCCCGGCGAGAGAGGUAUGGAAACGUCUUCAAGACCCACCUCCUGGGCCGGCCGGUGGUGCGGGUGACGGGCGCUGAGAACAUCCGCAAGAUCCUGCUGGGUGAGCACACACUAGUUAGCACGCAGUGGCCCCAGAGCACCCAGAUCAUCCUGGGCUCCCACACUCUGCUAGGCUCCAUCGGUGACCUGCACCGCCAGCGCCGCAAGAUCCUGGCCAGAGUGUUCAGCCGCACUGCCCUGGAGAGCUACCUUCCACGGAUCCAGAAGGUUGUGAGCUGGGAGCUGCGGGGCUGGUGCAUGGAGCCAGGCUCUGUCGCAGUUUAUUCCUCAGCUAAAACCUUAACUUUCCGCAUUGCAGCUCAGAUUCUGCUGGGGCUCCGCCUGGAGGAAAAGCAGUUCAAGAACCUGGCCAAAACUUUUGAACAGCUGGUGGAGAACCUCUUCUCCCUUCCCCUCAACAUACCCUUCGGUGGGCUGCGCAAGGGAAUCAAAGCACGGGACAUGCUACAUGAGUUUAUGGAGAAGGCUAUACAGGAAAAGCUACAGAGAAACAAUCCAGAAGAUCACAGCGAUGCUCUGGAUUUCAUAAUAAAUAGUGCCAAGGAGCAUGGCAAAGAAUUCACUAUGCAAGAGCUAAAGGAGACAGCGAUUGAGCUCAUAUUUGCUGCUUUUUUCACUACGGCUAGUGCUAGCACCUCUCUGAUCCUCCUGCUACUGAAGCACCCUUCAGUGAUUGUAAAAAUAAGGCAGGAGCUGGCUUCUCACGAGCUGUACCGGCAGUGUGAGCACUGCUCUGCAGGAUCCUGCCCAGACACCCUGACUACCCAGAGCAGGGAUAGCAAGAAGCCACUUCUCCCUGGGGUCAAAGAUACUUGCAAGGACCAGACCCAGCCUCUUGAGCAAAGUUCCUCCCAGUCUCAUGCCCCAGCGGAUCCCACCCUAUGCACUGGCCCCCAGGUCCAGGUGCCAUGGAGACAGAGCUGUUGCUGCCCCUCGGACAUGAGCCUGGAGAAGCUGAGCCGCCUGCGCUACCUGGACUGUGUGAUUAAGGAGGUGCUGCGAGUGCUGCCCCCUGUCUCCGGAGGCUACAGAACAGCACUGCAGACUUUUGAGCUGGAUGGCUACCAGAUCCCCAAAGGCUGGAGCGUCAUGUACAGCAUUCGUGACACACAUGAGACAGCUGCCAUCUACCAGAGUCCCACCAGUGGCUUUGACCCAGACCGCUUUGGUACCACCCAAAUGGAGGCUGUGAGCCGCUUUCACUACAUCCCUUUUGGUGGUGGGGCACGGAGCUGUAUCGGGAAGGAGCUGGCACAGGCCAUCCUCAAGCUGCUGGCCAUUGAGUUGGUCAGCACAGCCCGCUGGGAGCUGGCCACCCCUGGCUACCCUGCCAUGCAGACCGUGCCCAUUGUUCAUCCUGUUGAUGAUGGGCUGCAGCUCUAUUUCCACUCCUUGCAGCCCAGCCACAGCAGCAAGACCUGA